CGCGUUUGCGCGUCCGUCGAGCCUGAGACUAUUAGGCUUUCGAAUGAAUGCGAUCACCGUGUAUAAAUAUUUAUUUUUAGGAUAAAAAUAUAUUUUUAUAAGCGUUUAUUUUAUCGCAGCUUAUUUUAGAUAUAUCAUAUUGAUAGAUUUACAAGACGGUUUGUAAAUUGUCGGCAUAUAAUGGGGAUGUCACUUACGUGAAAUUUUGAUUAUGAAAAAAAGACGUGAUUUUCUUAGCAUCUUUUAAUUAAAUCAAAAUCAUAAUUGCGAAACGAUAAUACUGAAGUAUAUGUAGAAAAACAUAUAUAUAAAAAUGGAGCCGGUAAACGAAAACAAGCUCGAUGAGAUUUAUGCGUGGAUAGAUCAGAUUACAUUUUCAAGACCGAAGAAAAAUAUAUCGAGAGAUUUUUCGGACGGAGUAUUUAUGGCCGAAUUAUUGAAACGAUAUUAUCCCAAGCACGUUGACGUGCACAAUUAUGUGCCUGGCAAUAGUGUAGCAAAGAAGAUCGAUAAUUGGAACAUAUUAAAUAGAAAAGUUCUUUCUAAAAUUGAUAUGAAACUUGGAAAAGAUGUAAUCAAUCAAUUGGCAAAUUCACAAUUAGGCAUUAUUGAGAAGGUUUUGAUAGAUGUGCGAGCGAAAAUUUUAAAAGAUUGUAAUGCAGAUGGAGAUUCAUUAUAUUCUGAUUAUGAAGAAAAUGGAAGAGGUGAAAACGCUAAACCUAUUUUAAAUCCUGAAGAAAUUGUUAAUAGAACAGUACCACGUCAUACUUUCAUCAAACUUAAGCAAGAAUUGCAAGAAAGGAAUGAAACUAUCAACGCACUUCAUAAAAAAAUUUCACACUUGGAAAGUUUGAUCAAAUUAAAGGAUCAAAGAAUAGUAGAUCUUACGGCACAAAUUACAAGACCAAUGGCACAUACAUAGAUU